ACAGAGCCGGGACAAACCACGGCCGCAUUACCGCUUCCAGGUGGAGGCACGAGCCCCGGUUUGGGCGCCACGCCGCCCGCCCCUGGUUUGCUACCCAAGAAGAACAGGGAGAAGCUUUAGGCGGCCGUGCCCGUGGCGAAACCACACCCUUCCUCCUUUUGCGCCCUGAGACGAGCUAUAUAUAUAACGGGGGGGAGGUUCUCCGCUCUCGUUCCCAGUUCCCCACGGAUUUGGUCCCGCUGAAGCCAGAGAUCAGUUCUGAGUUUGAUUUUCGGUGCUGAGAUUGUGUGAUUGUGACUGUUGCGGGGAUUUUUCGAGGUGAAGCGAGAAAUGGCGACCGCCGGGAAGGUGAUCAAGUGUAAAGCGGCGGUGGCAUGGGAGGCGGCGAAGCCGCUGAAGAUCGAGCAGGUGGAGGUGGCGCCGCCGCAGGCCAUGGAGGUGCGCGUCAAGAUCCUCUUCACCUCGCUCUGCCACACCGACGUCUACUUCUGGGAGGCCAAGGGGCAGACUCCCAUGUUCCCUCGGAUUUUCGGUCAUGAAGCUGGAGGCAUAGUGGAGAGUGUUGGAGAGGGUGUGACUGAGGUUGCCCCUGGUGACCAUGUCCUCCCAGUGUUCACUGGAGAGUGCAAGGAGUGUCCGCACUGCAAGUCGGCCGAAAGCAACAUGUGUGAUCUGCUCAGGAUCAACACUGACAGGGGUGUCAUGAUCGGUGAUGGCAAAUCAAGGUUCUCUAUCGACGGGAAGCCGAUUUACCAUUUCGUGGGGACUUCCACCUUCAGUGAGUACACUGUCAUGCAUGUCGGUUGCGUCGCAAAGAUCAACCCUGAGGCUCCCCUUGAUAAAGUCUGUGUUCUUAGCUGUGGUAUUUCCACUGGUCUUGGUGCAUCAAUCAAUGUUGCAAAACCGCCAAAGGGUUCAACAGUCGCGAUAUUCGGCCUCGGAGCUGUUGGUCUUGCUGCCGCAGAAGGUGCGAGGAUUGCAGGAGCAUCAAGGAUUAUUGGCGUUGACCUGAAUGCCAGUAGAUUCGAGGAAGCUAGAAAGUUUGGCUGCACCGAAUUUGUGAACCCCAAAGACCACAGCAAGCCAGUUCAAGAGGUACUCGCUGACAUGACAAAUGGUGGAGUUGACCGCAGUGUCGAAUGCACUGGCAACGUCAACGCCAUGAUACAGGCAUUUGAAUGCGUUCAUGAUGGCUGGGGUGUUGCUGUGCUGGUGGGUGUGCCUCACAAGGACGCCGAAUUCAAGACCCACCCGAUGAAUUUCCUGAACGAGAGAACACUGAAGGGGACCUUCUUCGGUAACUUCAAACCACGCACUGAUCUGCCCAAUGUCGUGGAGAUGUACAUGAAGAAGGAGCUGGAGGUGGAGAAGUUCCUCACGCACAGCGUGCCCUUCUCGGAGAUCAACAAGGCCUUCGACCUCAUGGCGAAAGGGGAGGGCAUCCGCUGCAUCAUCCGCAUGGAGAACUAGGGUUCAUUUCACCUGACCGAUCCUCCAAAGUACAGUAAUAAUAAGAGGCCUGGGGAACAGUUUCCUGAACCUUCCUCGGUGAGAUGAGAUGAGAUGAGAUAUGCAGCCUUUGUGUAUCCUCUGCCCUUUUGCAAGCUCCACCUUUUGUCAGUCAAAAACUCUGUUACUCAGUAGUAUGUGUGUUGUAGUAUUAGCUUCAUGUACCUGUAAUUACCUGCCGGCAAAACUGUUCUACGAGCUCUACUUGGAGCUACGAACCACCGUCAACAGCUAUGAGUUUCAGUAGAAUCGUUUUGUCAUUG